UAAAUUUGUAUAAUGGUAUCUACAUAGAUUUCGCCUGUCGUUUCACAAGUUUGAAAUUUCCCGCCUUUUUCUCUUCGCAUUGUAAAUUCUAAACGCGCGAGAACCUCAAGAGAAAAUAGUUCUCUUGUUUUCUGCUAAAUAUAAUGCAAUCGAAUGCCUUUUAAUGUUUAUAUUUUCAGAUAAAUCCCUUUCCAAACUUUUUUGGGCAAUAGAAAUACUGCAGUAUAGAAUUAAAGGCAUAAGAAAAUUGUCCCCUUAGGAGAAAAUGCAGAAAUCGUAUCAUUACGCGAUGACCCUUCUUGAUCAAUUUUCCGCCAUGUUUAUCUCGUUUUUCGUAAACCAGAAAGGAACUUGAUAAAGAGCAUGUCCCUGUGCAUGACUAGCGCACAAGGAAUCAGCUAACCCUCUUAAUAGAAAGGAGGAAAAUAAACCAUGGACUCGCAACAGGAACUGUCUCCUCCAUCUACUAUCUCCACCCAACAAACCACCAUGAAUCUCCAAGACUUACAAAGCUACCUGGUUACAUUCAACAAAGAAAUAGAGCCAAGUGAUCAAAAUGCCUUUCAGUUCAAAACUGUGCCAGUUGGAACAAACCUAGAGGAUGACAAGUCAAAGAUUGAGAAAGAUGGAAACCCAGAAGGAACAACAACAGGUGAAACAGAGGAUAUUGGUGAAACGGAAAAAGUAGUUGACAUAGGAGGUAUUGCUGUAAAUUUAGGGCAGAUACAUGAGGACGAGAAUGUUGAAGAUCUUCAGGUUCAAGUUCCCAUGUCUGAGAUUGGAAACAACAGUAUGAUUCAAGUCAUAUCGGUCAACGGUAAAACCAGCUACCAACUAGUGACAGGAAACCCAGGCUCGGCAAUAUUUACAUCAGCUUCCUCCAGCGAGCCACAGAUUGGUCAGUCUGUAAUAUCUGCUGAAGACAAGUCAGGGGCAGAAGCUGUGCUAGCAUCUGUGGCAGUAUCCAGUCCUGGUCAUGUAACAAACCAACAAACUUUACAGGUGGAGUCUGGAGAGAUUGCAGGAGCACAGUUAGUAGCUCUACAAAACUCUGCCGAUAGCUCCCAGCCCCAGCUAGUGGCAGUGCAGACGGAUGAGUUACCUCCUGAGGCAGUGGAAGCCUCUCAGAUGCUUAUACCCAGCAUGGGAGGAGGAGGAGGAGAUAAACUACCUAUGGUCACCCUCAUGCCUCAAGAUGGAAGCCCGGGAGAGCCCAUGAAUUAUUUUUUGAUUGUGACAAAUAAUGGGGAAAAAGAUGGGACAAGUUUAAAGCCUAUUACUCUAGAUAUGAGAUCUAUGAAUGCAUUAAAGACUGAAAAAGAUGCGGUAGAGGAAAUGAUUGAUGAGGACGGCAAUGUUAGACGAGUCAUUGAAAUAGCACCAAAGUUUGACAUCCAUGGAACACACACCACCUUGUUGCAGUGUCGGUACUGUGACUACACUAGUCCUAAACGCUACCUAUUGAUGAGGCAUAUGAAGAGUCACUCAGAGGAUAAACCACAUAAAUGUAACAUCUGUGAUAGAGGAUUCAAAACCAUGGCCUCUUUGCAGAACCAUGUAAACACACAUACUGGAACUCGACCACACAAGUGUAAAGAGUGUGAAUCUGCCUUCACCACAUCGGGAGAACUUGUUAGACACAUCAGGUACAAGCACACUUUUGAGAAACCUCAUAAAUGCACUGAGUGUGAGUAUGCCAGUGUUGAGCUGAGCAAACUCAAAAGACAUAUGAGAUCUCACACAGGGGAAAGACCCUACCAGUGCAUGCAUUGUAAUUAUGCCAGCCCAGACACAUACAAACUAAAGCGCCACUUACGCAUACAUACUGGGGAAAAGCCAUACAUUUGUGAUAUCUGUCAAGCAAGGUUCACCCAGAGCAAUAGUCUGAAGGCACAUAAGUUGAUUCACACUGGAAACAAGCCAGUGUUUCAGUGUGAACUCUGUCCCACCACCUGUGGCAGACGAACCGACCUUAAAAUCCACAUGAUGAAACUCCAUACCAGUACCACUCCUCUGCAGUGCAGGAAGUGUUCUGAGACCUUCCCUGAUCGAUAUUCCUGUAAGAUGCACAUGAAAACCCACGAAGGAGAGCGAUGCUUUAAAUGUGAACAAUGUGACUAUGCUGCAAUGUCCCUGCGCCACUUAGAAGCACACAAUCUUACUCAUACUGGAGAAAAACCUUUUGAAUGUGAUGAAUGCAACGCUACUUUCCGACAGAAACAAUUACUUAAAAGACACAAAGGCCUAUAUCAUACAGAUGAAUCUAGCUAUAUUUCUACUGGAAAAUUAAUUAUCCAUAAAGGAAGUACCGAUGAAAAUAGGUCAAAACCUGAAGGCAUAGAAUCCUCCUUAACAAGUGAUCAACUGAUCCACGGAAGUUUGUUGUCUGAUCUGAAAGCUGGUCGUUUGGGUGACAUGCCAAAGGUAGUUAUUGUACACCCUGAUGGUACUGUGGAAGAAGUUACUUCUAAACUGCAUACACUGGCUCAAGAAAAGUCUGUGGAGGAGGUCAUUGUUGCAAAUAAACUAGAGGAAAAAUCAAUGGAAGAGGUGAUGAUGCAAAUUGUGGAUGAAGAGACACAGGAAUCUGAAAGUUCCAAAUCCGGAGCCCCAGAUGACUACUGUACAUUUACUGUAUCACAAACUGGAGACAGAGAGCUAGAUGGAGCUCCUAUUCAGACCUACACCAUGAUUUCAAAUGGAUCUCAAAUACUAAGAGAUGAGGGCACACAAGCUACUCUAGAAACAGAUAGUGAACAAAGCAAUGAAUCUCAGAACAAUUUAGCCACCCUGAUCAGCAGCCAGACGAUUCAGAGGACGGCAGAUACAGUUCUAGUCAGGGCAAACACUGACAACAUCUCAACUCUACAAGAGGAGGCUGGAAUGAAGAUAGAAUUGCCAACCACUUUGGAUGUCAAUGGGGAUCCCAUCACAUUCUAUACUAGUCCUUCCUCUAUUAUCACAUCACAAGGUUUAACCAUUGAGACAUUGGACAGUAAAAAAAGAAAAGGAUCAGGAGAUGCUGUCACAGAGCAAGCAAAGAAGUUGUGUACAGAUGACGUGUCAAAGAAUUGAUACAGCUUAAUAUUAAGUUAAAUCAUCCUCAAGAAUUAUAAAUGAUUAUCAUUCCUGAUUAUAUAAUAUUUUGUUCAGAGAUUAUUAUUUUUUAGCACAUUGCUUGAAUAAUAAUGUAUGAUUUGGGUUAUUAUUAGAUUUGCCAAGAUAUAUGAUAACCAACUUACUGAGGAAAUUUCUUAAGUGUGAACUGCAUGUACAUUUGUAGUUUAUUGAAAUUUUAUUUUCUUCAAUCUAAUCAAACUACAAGUACAUACUUCUUUUAAAAGAGGCUGUCCAUUUUUAAAAAUAGUGAUGCCAGUACAGAUGUAGAAAUAAAAUGUUGCUUAUCAGAUCCUGCUAGUGCAUGUAAUUUUAUAUUGUUUGACUAAUAUAUUAUCCUCUCAUAAUAAUGCUUUUCUCCUGAAUCCUUUGGAUUUUACAUUUGGUGCUGAAAUGUUAAGGACAUGUCUAGAUCGAGAUAAAUCCAUUUUGGGCUUUUUAAUUUUAUAAAUAUUACAUUUUAUAGAGGAUUGACAGUCAAAAAACUUGUACUGUGUCUAAAUAAUUUAGAUUUUCUAAUCCUAAAAUGAUGGUUUUGAAGAUUCUAUCUAUACUUUACAGGGACAGCCUCUGAAGCUAAUCAAAUUUGGUAUUUUUUUUAGUUUAUUUAAAUGAGCAGCUUUUGAACAUGUGCAGUCAUUUACAUGUAUAUUGUGUUGUAUUGGUGGUCUAAAACUGAAUACUGGAAUAUAGAUAUUAAUAUUAAUGUUUAUUAAUUUUGUUUGCCAAAUUGUGUGAUUCAAGUAAUUAUAAUUUAAUACCUUAAUAUUUUGUGUAAUUUAAAUCACUGAAUGUUUACACUUUCAUUGUCCUGAUGAACAUUGCUGUUAGCAUAGCAUAUUUAUAUGUAUGUUGUAAUUUAUUACUAGGAAUCAAGAUUCAUCAAUCAACAUGUUAGGGAGAAAAUUAAGUUUAUGAACUACAUUGAAUUGGUUUAUGUUCCCAGUUUCUUUAUGCCUUUUAAAGUCUGCUAUGAACAUUAAGCAGUUUUCAUUCUGGUACGUUCCAUGUAGUUUGAACUUAGACAAUUACUGUAUAUACAGUGUAUUUAAAAAUGUGAAUUAAUAUUCAAAUCAUGGUACAUGUAUUUGAAAACUGCAAUCAAAGACGCAGUUUAAUAGUUAUUUUAAAUUGAAUGUAACAAGGAAUGCAGAAUGUUUAUUUUGGUUUGUUAUGCUAUGCGUGUUCAAAGUUUAAUAAAUAAUAUAUUUAAUAUU